AUGGGGAAUCUCAACCUUCGGAAGAAAACCGUUCCCCUGGAACGCUUCUCAACGUCCUCUUUCUAUUGUGAAUUCCCUUACCGUUAUCCCAACCCUGAAGAAGUCAAGCCUAGCAGGAAAGCACCUCCAGGGGGCGUGCCUCUGUUUGGUGCCGGUGUUGCCGAGGACGAGCUCUUUGGAAGCUCUUCUAAAUCGAGUCAAGACGCGCAAAGAAGUCUCGUGCGUAACCGUGGCAACUGCAAACGAGAUACCCAGAAAACCCUUUUGCUGCGCGCUUGCUCCGCGGCUAUGACCCGCAGAGGCAGUGCGCCAGAAGAUGCUAUUGCUGAAGAUAUAGGCCAAAAGGAAUCUUCUAAACAAGACGAUUCAUCCUCUGGUGGUUUGUUUGAUAGCCAGGGAGACGAUAAACUGUUCUCCGAGUCUUCAAAACCAGCUCCCAAGAAAGAAACAGGUAAGCCCAAGGCAAAGAAGCCAGUGGAUCUGUUUGGUGGAGAGAAUGACAGUGACCUCUUUGGAGAGAAUAAACCUCAGCAGCAGCCUAAGAAGAAGAAGAUUCCGGCCGGUGCUGUGAAUGUUUUUGGGAACGCUGGGCCUGUCGGAGGUCAGACGGAACCCCCUCCCCUUGACGACGGCGGGGAUGAAGGCAUGUAUGUUAACACUAUGGUGGGAGCAGCGGGAGCAGGGAGGAGCAAGCAGGCUGGGUUAGGAGGAGGAGGAGGGCUCUUUGAUAAUGUUGAUGAGGAUCUGUUCGGUGCACCACCUCCGAGGCCUGUGGAGAAGCCCACCAUUAAAGUGGAUGGCGACAAGCUGUUUGCAGAUGACGACGAUAACGACUUGUUUGCAGCGCCACCACCAUUACCGAAAGACGGUACUAAGACAAAACCUAAAAAGGCUGCUGCAAAGAAGAAUCAAGGAUUGUUUGAUGAUAUCGAAGGAGGAGGAGAAGAAGAUUUCUUUGGAGGUGAAGCCAAGCCCAAAGAACAACCUAAGAAGAAGCCGCCUGGUGGCGUAGCCCUCUUUGAAGGGGCGGAUAUAUUUGGAAGCCCCCCUAAGACAGAGGCAGAGCCUCCACAAAAGAAGCCGGAGCAGUUGUCGCCUCAAGCGAAGGCCAACCGGUCUCAGAACACCCUCAGCCUCUUCCACGAUGAGGAGGAUAAGGACGAGAAUCUCUUUGCCGCGCCCCCUGCCUUACCCCCUAAGAAAGAUCAGCUGGACCCCAAUCCAAGCAAAGAAGAACAAAUGUCAAGAAGGAGAACCAAGAGCAAGAGCAUCUUUGAUGAUGAAGCCAUCCUCUUUGGUCUCAAGAACGAGGAGAAUCCCGGGGUAGAUCUGUUCGGCUCCGACACGCCGGUCCCUCAGACAAAGGAUCAGUCAGAAACAGAUGAAAAGUCAGGAUCACCCCGCAAACGAGCUACCUCGGGGAGCACGGGGCUAUUCGGGGAGGAGGACGAGGGAGAGGAUGACCUCUUCGCCUCCACCGCCAGCAAAACCACAACCCGCUCCUCCGGCGUCAAGGCCGCCGUUGCCUCCAAGAAGGAGAAGAAGAAGAAGCAGCAACCUGCUGUGCCCGCCAAAGGAGGUCUCUUCGAUGACGACGAUGAGGACGAUCUCUUUGGGGAGUCAAAGCCAAAGAAGGAGAAGAAGAAAGAAGAGAAGAAGAAGGAGAAGAAGGAAGAGAAGGAGGAAAAGAAGGAUGCGGAGAAGAAGGUGGUCGAGGAGUCGUCUGGUGCGGUGGAUCCAUUGGGUGGCGUCGGUCUUGCAGCGCAAGAAGCCGAGACUGUUACCCCUCCAGAACCACCUAAAGAAGAUCCACCCUCGCUAGCGGCUACCAGAUCAAGCAAGAAGCCUCCUGCAGGAGCCGUCUCCAUGUUCGGAGGCCUGGAUCCAUCCAAACUCACCAAGAAAAAGAAAAAGGAAACGGAAGUCGACGACGACGACCUCGACUUCGAGAGCAAGUCCCCCACCCCUCCAAAUCCUCUUACCUCAUCUUCCUCCUCUUCUGCCUCCUACGUUACCCCUACUCCUCUCUUUGGCUCUGCGCCUCCCCCUUCGGAGGACACGCCCGACUACGCCUCUGUGAAGCCACGCUUCAAACCGGUAGCUGCGCCGAAAGGCAAGAGCACGUCUGCAGUCGGCAAACUUAAGGUGCCAUUUUCAAUGUUUAUGCCAUUCAGUCUGAUUUCGUGCCGUUGUAUGUGUGUGUUUGAGUGUGUAGCUUUAUAUUUUCAAAGAAUUUUCAUCAUAAUUUCAUUUUGCCUUGUAGAUCAAGAAAAUUCAUACCAAAUUUAUGGCAAAAUUUCCCAUAUUUUCACUAUGUCAGUUUGAAUUACUAAAAACAUUAUCACAUAUUUAGAUGCAUAUUUUGGGAAAGAAACUGCAUGUUAUGGUAUCUUUUAAGAUUUUCAAACUAUAAAUUACCACACGCAGCAUAGAGAAAUUAAGAAAUUAAAAAAAAACUAAAACAAUUAUCAUUUUGCCUAACUUGCCGGGAGUGAUUUUCUUUUUCAUUGUCAAAUUUACCUCUUAUCUUUUUUUUUUAUUUGAAUUGAAAUAUCACACUAUCAUGUGUAUAUACAACUCACCACAUUUCAGUGUGCUUUGUUGUGCCUUUAAAAAAAAAUUCUCAUUGUUCACAUUGUGUUUGUGUUCUCCGAUGAUUCCUUUUCAGAUUUUGUGUUUUGGUGGAGUGUAGUUUUUUUCAUCACUUAACCCAUUUAUUCCCUUCUCAGUCCUUUCCAUUCACUUUCAUGUCCUUCCCUGCUCAAUUGUUCUAAAUACAUGUAUAAUGUAAAGCACACCUCACCUUAAAUCACUUCUAUAUCUUUAUGAUAUUUUAGUUUUUGCAUAUCAUUUUCUGGUUCACUGAGCUCUUGAUUUUGUUAUGUCUUUUAAUAUUCAAAAUAUAAACUCAAGUUCAUGUGUGACAUGCAGACAUUUAUGUAUUAAAAAGAAUGUGUAAGAUAUAUAUUCAAUGUGAACACUGCUGUUUCCGCACCAUCACAGUAUUUUCUCAGCCAUUUAUUUAGUCAUUUUGUUCAAUAAUCCAUAUUCAAUAUGCAAUUUUAAUUGAAGCAUGCAGAAAAGUAUAUUUACUGUCUCUUUCAUUAUAUGCCAUUCUGUGUGCUUUUAGUUGAUGUUUGCUUGUGAAAAUGUAUGAAAUUUUAUAUGUAAUCUCAUUAUUCUUUAAAAAUAACAUUUAUCUGCUGAGGUGACUUUUCCAGCCUAUAUGAGGAUUAUUUUAAUAUCGUAAUAUUGAAAUGCAUUUACAAAUUUUUUGCAUUAAAAAAAGGUCUAUUUGUCCAUGUUGUGAUAUAUUUUCACAUUCUUACAUUGUGCUAGUAUGAAUUCAUAUUCUUACAUUGUGCUAGUAUGAAUUCACAAUCAUUGUUCUCUAGGAUCUGAUUAUAUUGUAAUUGUAAUUUGAUGUAUGAAGCUCAUUAAUUUUAGAUUUUUUAGGGAAUAAAAGUGACUUGCACCCUGAGUGUUGUCGCUUGUAGUAUUAGUAGGUGCUGUGAAUCGGUUCAAGGGAAUAGAGCUUUCAAAGUGAAGAGUUUUCCCAAAUGAAAAGCUCUAUGAAGUAAUUUGAUGUCAGAAAAUUUGUAUUAGAUAUACAUGUAUGCUGUUAGUCAAAUGAUGUUUAAAAUGUGAUAAUAUAGGUAUGAUGUAAGUUGAUCAUGGUAUGUUUGCAUGUAAAAGUUGUUCUAUGAAUAAACCAGUUGACUUUAA